AUGGGUUGUGAAAUUUUGAAAAGUGUGAAAUAUUUGUUUGCUAAUAUUCGUACCAGUAAUCAAGAAGGUGAGGAGAUUGGAGUACGUUUAUUGGAGUGGUAUUCAGAUAUCUAUUCGGGUUUGGGUCAAGAAUCAAGAUCGGAAGUUUUUAAGAAGUUGCUAAACUCUGAUGAGUUCAAGACUUCGAGUAAGCAAGUGGAAACAAUCACUCUCUCGGAGAUGAAACAAGAAGAUCUAGAAGCUUUUGUUGAGUUUAUAUACAGUGAUGGUUCUAUGCUUUCAGAGAAAGUGAAGCGACACGCUCGAGCUCUCUAUCUUGCAGCUGACAAAUACAAGAUUCUCCAACUACGAGACCUAUGCAGAUCCGAGCUUAUAUCUUCUCUGGAUAUGGCGAAUUCUCUUGACUUCCUUGAGCUUGCUCAAACCCCUUUUGACAAAGUCCUCAACGAUGCAGCCUUAAAUUAUAUUAAAACAAAUGAUCUUAUGAUACCUAGCGUUGAUAAGUUCGAGUCAUUCAUUGAUAGUUACCAAAAUCUUGCCGUGGAGAUUCUGGAGGCUUCUAUUACUCGUAGAAGAUGUUAUAACUGUGGUUUCAUCAACGAUCAUAAUCUGACUGGCAAAAGCUGCUCCAAUUGUGGUUUCGAUCGUCCUAGUCGCAGCUAGAGGAGUCACUUUGAUAAACCAGUUUUAUCGUUUCCUUAGGGCAUGCCCAUUGGUGAUACUCAUCUUAGUGUCUUAAACUUUUAAUAAGAUUAAAAAAAAUAUUAAUCUAAGUUUAGAUCCUUAAUCCAAUGUUUUCAUUUUAUCUCCUUCCAUUAGUCAUCCUUAAACAUGGGGUGUCUUAAAAACUUUUUAUUAAAAUUGUGUUUUAAGUAUAUUUUAUAGUGGUAUAAAUGUUGGUUAUAUAAUGUAUGCAAUAUUAGGAAAAUAAAACUAGAAACUAUGGUUUAGUAGAAUACAUAUAUUAAAAAAACAAAUAUAUUACAUUACAAAAACCUUAAAACAUAUAUACCAAUAUCAAAAUAGUUUGACCAAUAUCAAAUAGGCACAUAGAACACAUCAUUCCAAAAACUAUACAUGAGAUUAUCUAUCAUAUACAGAGCUCGUUAAAUCAGAUAAAUAAUUGUAUCACAGUGGAGUGGUGAAGGGAGGCAACAACAAAUAUCAAAAAAAAAAAAAAAGAACCGAUGAUAUACCUAACCUGCUUCAA